AUGUUGCGGCUAGUGGCGUCAUUCCUUAGAGAUAGGAAGUUCUACGUCUGUGUAGAGGACGACGAGGCCGCAGCGAGACCAAUUAGAGCCGGCAUACCACAGGGCAGCUGUCUGUCGCCGAUCCUGUACGCGGCUUACACCAAUGAUAUCUCCACCCUGGCAGACCACCUGCGCGAAUGGGAAGACGAUGUUGAAUUAGCACUAUACGCGGACGAUAGUGCCUACUUCACAUCGUCUAGAAGAGCCCACAUAGCCACUGCCAGGAUGCAGCGCCUGCUGGACCUGCUGCCACCAUGGCUACACGAGUGGAGGUUGGCCGUCAACGUUGGCAAGACGACCGCUCAGCUCACUCGCCGCUACAGGAACUUCCUACCACCACUACCGCUCAGGGCCAGGAGAUCACUUAACAGAAGACAGUGA